ACCAGCCCUCCCUCUGUGCCUUUGUGGCCCCGUCCCCUGCUGUGACCAUGGAGACUCUCAGCAGCUGCCGGACUGCCUUCCUCUCUGAGCUUGUGCCCAGUGGUUACCUGGCUCAGGUCUUCCCAGGCUGCUCUGAAGUAGAAGACCUGGCUGGGGAGGUGGUGCUGGAGAAGUCUGAGCAGUGUGACCAGGAUGACUUGAGUCCCAAGGAUGAGAAUGGUCAGAACAAGAAAAAAACCAAAGUCAACAAGAUCUGGAAUUUUGUGAGCCGCAGAAAAGUUGCCUCCAAUCAGGGGAAGCGCCCCCAGUCCAUGAUUUUAUUGGGAGACACUUCAAGACCAUCAGAGUUGAAGCCCAAAGUCACAUUAAUGGAUCGAAUGAAGUCAUUCAAGAGGUUGAAACCUUUGACUGGGGCCUCCAAGAAUACUCCUCCUAGGAGGAACAAGGCCCAGCAACCCCAAGAGAUUCCAGGUAUGUACCAGAUGAGAAAGGCCCAGGAGGCUCCAAAGCCUUUCCGCUAUUCUUACUCAGGCCACAUUGAAAGCCUGGAGCCCUUCCUUGUAGAUGUGCAGAAGCUAGUGCAUGCCCCCAAGAGGAUGAACCAGAAAGUACUGGCCUUCAAUGACUUUGGUAUCCAAGUGGAGGAGGAUUCCUGGGAGGAAGAGUCCCCUAACCAGCCUGGUAGGGGCAGGCAGGCCAAAAGCUACCAGAAAAGCAUGUUACCUGGGGACCUUGAGGCCCCAUACACAUUAGCUGGAGAAUCCAGAAUCCAGGAACUUGAGGCUGCCAUUGAGGGCUCAACCUUGGAAGGGAACAUGGAAGGGGGUUACAAGGAGGGCCCUGGGCACCUGCACCGAGACAAGACUAUGCCUUUUGGUAGUGUUGUCAAGUUCUUCAGCAAUGUGGCUGAGGUGGCCCGAAAGUGGCGUUCAUUCUCCCGAGAUGAGUUGCAGAUGGGCAGACGCCGAGGCGAGGCCUACUUCAUCAGUGGUGACAGUGAAGACUUCAUUCUGGAGAGUAUAGCCUCCCGAGCCAACUUCCCACUCAGCCUGCCCUGCCACCCCUCUGAGGCUGUGUUGUGGGGCAGUGUCAUUGGGAGGCACCAGCGCCACCACCACAAGGCUUCACAAGCCUCAUUCACCUUUAAAAUGAGCGCAGAGGGCAAGGAGACUUUGGACCAUGCCCUCACAGUUCCCUGCACUGCUGCUACCUUGGUCUCAACUUCAACCUCAGCUGUCUUCAAGUUCCAGGAUGAUCCGACACCAAAGAAUGGCUGUAGCUUCCACUAUGGCCAUGCCUUCACUAGGGAGCACUCUUCCUCUAAAGAGCUUGAUGAAGACACUGAGACCGUGGUCAGCUUCCUGAAAGAAGAUGACAGUGUUGGAGAGUCCCCUGAGCUGGGCAUUUGUGCCAAGAGGAUGACCACCAAAGCGGUCAUGGAGAAGCUAAAAGACAAGCCCAAUGAGAUGGAGGAGCAGGAUACCCACAGGGGACCUGUGGGGUCCACCCAGGCAGGGCAGCCUCAGGAUUCUGACUUAGAUAUAGGAGCAGCAGAUGCAGAGAGAGAAGCCAGCAAAGCUUGUGCUGGAGUCCCCAGUACUCAGACUUUCUCUCCCCCAGCUGAACCAUCACCAAGGACUCCACCCCUCAAAAUCCUCCUGGAAAAAUGUCACUCUCUGCCCAUCUCACAGAGCUUUCCCAGAGAGCUAGAUCAAGUGGGCUGGAGGAGACCUAGGAAGCUUUUCACAGGUAACUUGGACCAGGGCUCCAAGACACUAGAAACCUGCAAGAACAUUGGUGGAUACUUGAAGGCCCAGAGACAAGGAAACAAGCACAUUAAUGAAUUCUAGGCUCCAUGUAUAAAGCUGGAUGAAGAGAGAGUGAAGGGACCCUGAGGAGAGCCACAAAUGGCAUUGGAAAAUAAGACCAUCAAAGAAAGAUUAAAGAAGCUGGGGUUGUUUAACUUGGAGAAGAGGAGACUGUGGGGUGAUUGAAAAAUGGUCUUCAAAAGCAUUACAGUUGUCCUUUGUCUCCAGAGACUGGAACAAGAGAAAAUGGAUUGUCUUUAAUAUAAAGGAUUUGAGAUAAACAUAAUGCAACAUUUUUUGACAUUGAGAGCUGUUCAACUUUGAGUUGAAUGAGAGAAGAGUCUCGGAACUUUCUUCUCCAGAGCUCUUUCACAUGAGAUAGAUUUCUGCCUAUCCGGGAGAAUGUCAGAAUGCAUUUGAAAUUAGAGAGUGGCUGAUUUGCAUCUUUAAGUUCCCUUCUCUCCCUACCAAG